AUGGCGCGGCCGCCGAACUACCCCCGCCCGCCGCAGCACGACUCGUGGUUCGCGCCGCUGUCCGUCGACCUCUUCCUCAAGGUCCUCUACGUGACGCUGCUGCACCCGUUCGUGUGCUGGAUCAUCCCGCUGUGCCUGCGCGCGCGCACCGUCAAGUGGGAGGCGCCGCCCAUGCUCUUCGCCUUCGCGUGGGCGACGCUCGUGAGCCUCGGGUGGGCGGCCGCGGCGGUCAACCGGCGCGUCGCGUACGGCGCCCCGCGCGAGGUCGACCUCGGCGAGGAGGUCAUCGUGGUGACAGGCGGCGCCAGCGGGCUGGGCAUGCUCGUCGCCGAGGUGUACGGGAUGCGCGGCGCGACUGUCGCGGUGCUGGACGUCAAUGAGAUGGAGAAUGGGGAGGCGAGGGGCGUUACGUAUUACAAGUGCGAUGUGAGCGACAAGGCGCAGGUCGCCCGGGUCGCGGCCGAGAUUGAAAAGGAUCUCGGCACGCCGACGGUGCUCAUCAACAACGCGGCCAUCGUGGUGGGCAAGUCGUUCCUCAACCUCACCCUCGACGACAUCGACACCAGCCUGGGCACGAACCUCCUCGGGCCCUUCUACUGCCUCAAGGCGUUCCUCCCCGCGCUGAUCCGCUCCGGCCGCGGCGGCACCAUCGUCAACGUCUCCUCCGUCAUCGGGCACCUCGGCGCCGCGCGCCUGACCGACUACGCGGCCGCCAAGGCGGGCCUCACGGCGCUGCACCGGUCCCUGGCGGCGGAGCUGCGGGAGACGCACCCGGAGAUCCGCACCGUGCUGGUGACGCCGGGGCAGGUGAGCACGCCGCUCUUCUACGGGGUGCAGACGCCGAGCGCGUUCCUGGCGCCCGUCGUGGAGCCCGUCGACGUGGCGCGCGACAUCAUCGCCGCCGUGGACGCGGGGACGGGCGGCUGGGCGGCCAUGCCGCUGUAUGCGCGCUGGGUCGACUGGUAUAACGUGUUGCCCGCGGGGGUGCAGGUGCUGGCGCGCAGGCUGUCGGGCAUUGAUCGGGGGAUGAGGACGUUUGUCGGCAGGAGGGGCGCCGGCGGGGAGGAUGGCAAGGCUAGUUGA